CCCGGCGACCCCAUCAUGAAGAAGCUCUACAACGGCCGCUACCUCCUCUACUUCUACUGCAACGCCACCGCGUUCGUGUCGUCGCUCGUCGUCAUCGUCCUCAUCCUCCUCUUCGCCAUGCUGCACGAGAAGAGGGGCAUAAAGAUCACCGUCAUGCCGCUGCGGGCGGCCAUGGUGCUCGACCUCGUCAGCCUCAUGGGGGCCUACGCCGCCGGGACGUGCCGGGACGCGGUCACGACCAAGUACACGGUGGCGCUCGUGGCCGCCGUCGUCGUCUACGUCGUCGUGCAGACGGUGCUGGCGUCGCUGCCGGCGGGGGAGCACGACGGCGACGACGAACACGUCGUCAAGGAGAAGUCCCGCAAGGUCCUCCUGCUACUGGCCACGUUCGCCACGAGCCUCACGUACGUGGCCGGGCUGAGCACGCCGGGCGGCUACUGGUCGGCGGGAGGCCCCGGGCACAGCGCCGGCGAGGCUGUCAUGGGGCAGCUCCACCCGGCCCGCCUCACGGCGUUCCUCCUCUGCAACACCACCGCCUUCGUCGCGUCGCUGCUCAUCAUCGUGCUGCUCCUCGACCGGAAGCUCCGGGACGGGACGGUGCGCGCCUGGGAGCUCUACGGGUGCAUCGUCGUGUCGCUGGCCGGGCUCGUCGGCGCGUACGCCGCCGGCAGCUCCAGGGCGACGCGCACCACCGUGUGCGUGGUGGCCCUGGCCGGCGCCGUCCUCGCGUACAUCGCCGUCCACCUCGCCGCCGUCGCAUGUGCCGCACGUGUGCUUCGGGACACCGGCAUGUCGGACAAGCUUGUUGAGAUGUACUCUUCUACUAUUGUUAUGUCAAAGCAGCGAUAUGGUCGCAGGCAAGCAGUCCAAGGAUUAACCCCGCCAAGUGAUGACAGGGAGAUACAACAGAACCAAGCUUUGGAGAAGACCCGCUCUCUAGUUCUAUUGCUAGCUACUUUGGCAGCAACCGUUACAUACCAAGCGGUCCUUGACCCACCAGGUGGUUAUUGGCAGAGUAUUGAAGGCCACAGGGAUGGUGACCCAAUUCUCCUAACAAUUAAUGCUACUCGGUACAAGGCAUUCUUCUAUUUCAACUCAACUGCUUUCGUGGCAUCCUUACUCGUUAUCAUCCUGGUGCAGAGCAAGUCCCUCCUUAAGCGCCAUGCAUUGGAAGCAGCUAUGAUUCUCGACUUAUUCGGGCUCAUGGGUGCAUAUGCAGCAGGUAGCUGCCGAGAUGCAGGUACCUCCAUCAAUGUCAUGGCCAUAGCCGGUGCUGUUCUAGUGUACGUGGUGAUCCAUGUUGUGUUCUGCACAUUAGAUCACAAUGAUAGCACCACACCACUUGAAGAUAGUGGGUUGUUGGAGAAGAGGCGCAAGAGGUUGCUCCUUUUCGCGAUCUUAUGUGCGACUAUCACCUACCAAGCUGGGCUAACCCCACCAAGCGGUUGCUGGUCAAAAAAUAAUAAUGACGGUCACCUUGCAGGUUAUCCGGUCCUCUUGAGCAACUACCCACGCCGUUACAAAGCCUUCUUCUAUUGCAACACGACGAGCUUCAUGUCAUCUGUUGCUCUUAUCAUACUCUUGGUGAACCCAAAUUUAUAUCGGCCGGCCAUUCACAGCUACGCACUCUCUGUUUGCAUGGUGGGUGGCAUGUUUGGCCUCAUGGGUGCCUAUGCCGCCGGAAGCUCACAACAUUUGCGGACAUCUAUCUAUGUCUUUGUGUUGCUGUUCGUUUUCAUGGUUUUACUUCUUGUAGCAUUUGCCGUGCACAAGAGAUCUCAGGGCAUCCAAGGUCGAAGAACCAAUGAAGGACGACAAACGACGGAAACUAAUGAGGAUCCUGACAGUGAGCGUAAGCAACACACCAAGCGCAAAUACCUUAUGCUGCUGGGGAUUCUGGCAGCAAGCGUGACCUACCAAGCUGGCCUGCAUCCACCGGGCGGUGUGUGGCAAGAUGACAAAAAUGGACAUGAAGCAGGAAAUGAAGUCUUGCGUGACAACCAAACGGCACGGUACCAUGCUUUCUUCUACAGUAAUUCCACUUCGUUCAUGGCAUCUAUUGUCGUCAUCGUCCUGCUGUUGCCCGAGUCACUGAAAACGAAUAUCAAUGAGUGGCUGCUGAAGGCGAUGAACACGACGAUUAUUCUUGACAUGAUUGGGCUCCUGGUGGCCUAUGGAACCGGUUCUAGUAGAGAUUGGGAGACGUCUGGGUAUGUCAUCGCCAUGGCCGUCUUUGUGCUGGGCUACAUUGUAAUCCGCGCUACGUUGUCGAAAUUGAGCCAAGGUGGCAAGAGAAACAAUGGCCAGCGUGUUGCUUGUGUGGAUGCUGAGUCCCAAGGACCAGGAAAUGGUUUGCAUCCGGCACGAAGGAUCUAUGGGUGAUUCCACAAUGGACAUAUGAGAGUGUACUGGUGGUGAGAUGCAUGCAUUGUCAGCCAACA